AUGUUGUCUGCCCGUCUGGAGCCCGAAUCGGCGUCAGUGACUCUAAUCAAUUGGGAAUACGGAGUCUGGGCAGUGUGUCAUGGCCAGAAAAUCCGGUCUGGAGGAAUUACGCACUUGUACAUUCUGGAUGAGCCUUUCGAAGUCAUGUUCAUUCUCUUGAAGUUCCCUUCUGUAAAAUCGUGGAUCCUACACUUUGUUUUAGAGAAAAUCCUGAAAGGCAAUGAAUGGGUAUACGACGCUGGUGGAUUGGCCGAGCAUUGUUUGGCGAUUCUACGGGGAUGUCACGCGGUGACGGACAAACUCAGCGGUUUGUCUUUCAGUCUGGUGCACGGAGAUCAGGAACUGAUGGCUGAAGUGCAACAAGCAACCCGACGCGUUAUGCCUCGAGUGGACGAUCUGAUCCGCGCCAUGUAUAACAGUCGAAAAACCAUUCAGGCAGCACUGCUGGAAGCCAGGGCGGCCGCCCUCAUUUUGGCCAUCAAUAACCUGGUUUUGGCAUUUCGUGCCGCGUAUCCGCGGGCAAUCGAGGACGUUAAAUGGCUGAAAAACACUCUGGCCGGUUUGGAGUACAACCUUACUGUUUUACGAGAAGCCGCUCAUGCCGAAGAAUCCGAGGUGGACAGACCUAAUCUGUACAGUUCAGCGUCGCAUAUUUCGACGGUGAAGGUGUAA